CUAAGGUCCGACCGGCGCGAGGCAGUCUCGCUCGUCCUGCAGCAGAUUUCGCAUGACAUGGAUCAUCGCGCGCGUUCUCCCCCAUCGUGAUGUUGUUGGGCCGUUACGUUAUGUGUGUGUGUGUGGCAUGAUCAUGAGCCGAAAUUUACAGAGCUAGCGCUGAAACGCGCACGGCACGGACCUCCUCCUGGCUCCGAGAGUAAGCGGACCCCCGUCUCCAAGGAACCAUGACCGCCGCCCGGUAUCGGCCCACCUGGGACCUGGCCCUGGACCCGCUGGUGUCCUGCAAGCUGUGCCUCGGAGAGUUCCCCAUGGAGCGGAUGACCACCAUCAGCCAGUGCCAGUGUGUGUUCUGCACUCUGUGCCUGAAACAGUACGUGGAACUUUUGAUCAAAGAGGGCCUUGAAACUGCGAUCAGCUGUCCGGACUCUGCUUGUCCAAAACGUGGACACCUGCUGGAAACGGAGAUCGAAUGCAUGGUUCCCGCUGAAACGAUGCAGAGGUACAGGAAGUUGCAGUUCGAGAGAGAGGUGCUGCUGGACCCGUGCCGGACCUGGUGCCCUUCCUCGUCCUGUCAGGCCGUGUGCCAGCUGGCUGAGGCGGACCCAGGGUCGGAGUCUGGGGAGCCAAAGGCACGCCCCGUGCUGUGCCACGCCUGCAGCUUGGAGUUCUGCUCCGCCUGCCGUGUCGGCUGGCACCCGGGCCAGGCCUGCCGUGAGAGCCUGCCCACCGCCACAUUCCUGCCUGGGGAGAGCAGCCCCUUCUACAAGAGCGAGGAGGAGGACGCCCCUAUCAAGCGCUGCCCCAGAUGCAAAGUGUACAUCGAGCGGGACGAGGGCUGCGCCCAGAUGAUGUGCAAGAGCUGCAAGCACGCCUUCUGCUGGUACUGCCUGGAGUCGCUGGACGACGACUUCCUCUUGAUACACUACGACAAAGGGCCCUGCCGCAACAAACUGGGCCACUCCAGGGCCUCAGUCAUCUGGCACCGGACACAGGUGGUGGGCAUCUUCGCAGGGUUCGGCCUCCUGCUGUUAGUGGCGUCACCCUUCCUGCUGCUCGCCACACCCUUCAUCCUGUGCUGCAAGUGCAAGUGCUGCAAGAGGGAUGACGACCCUCUGCCCACCUAAGGGCCAGGAAGGCGGGGGCCUCUGAAGAGGCCGCAAGCCUGCUCUGUCACCCUCACUUCUCCCUCCCUCCAGCCCAGUGCAUUUUGUUUUUGUGGAGGGCUGGUGCUGUUUGGAGCGUCUCGCCCCAGGGUUGCGCAGACGCGGCCUUCUGUCUGAGGGGACGGUGGCUAAUGGGGAAUGCUCUGUGUGUGUGUGUGUGUGUGUGUGUGUGUGUGUGUGUGUGUGUGAGAGAUGAAGUCACCAUCACCAUGGAUGGGGUUUGGCAUGAGAAGCCAGCAGGAGAGGGGACACAGAGUUUGCUCUGAGACAUCUUCUCUGAGCUCCUUUCUCUGGAACGGGUUUCUUCAUCCCUUGACGGGAUCGGCCCUUGUCUUUUACCACAUUCCCAGGUGAAGUAGCUUUCUUCUUUUCUCCCUCCCCUCGUGUAGCUGUGCUCUUUGCACAAGGGGACGCAAUCGCCAUCACCAAGGGCGUUUCGUGGCACGGAGGCCUGCGUAAAGGGGACCUCGACGGGACGUGUCGCACUUCAGCGCGUCUUCACUUGCUCUCAUCUUCACUGCUUUUAUUUCUCUCCACCAUCAAGGUGGAAGCAAGGCUGAAGAAUGUUUACUGUACCGGGAUCAGCAAAUUUCUCUUUCGUUGAGCCAAACCUUUGGAAUCACAGACUUUUUUGUUAUUGUAAAAAAAAAAAAUAAGGAAAAAAAAAGUGUUCACUUUUGUAACACUUUAUAAAUGACAAGAUCUUGAAACUUGAAAUAAAUGCAAAAAGAGUCCCGUUUGCCUUUGUCACAAGCACUUUUUGUCAGUUCACAUAGUUUCCUCUCAUGAGAAGCUGCUCUCAGAAGGUUAUGAAGUACAGGACCUUCCAGAAACAUCUUUUAAAACGCACAACAAAUAAUGUUUUUGCUUGUCUGUCUCCCAACUGGUGUCAUUUUCCAGCUGUUGAGGCCCAGUGUGAAUGUGGUAUAAAUUGGCUGUUCUGUAAUGUAUCUCUAUGAAACAUCGCUGUAGUUAUUGUUUAUUUCAGGCCAUGUGAAUAUGCCAGCUGACGGCACAUACGGGGUUUAUCAGGAAGCGCUGAGCCGCUUUUGGUUAAAUACAUCUGAUCGGGUGAUGCUUGUAACCUCCUCAGUGUACCGCAGUGAGGCGACAGCAGGUUUUCGGAGAGUGCGCGCACAGUUUUGUAUGUUCACGUAGCAUCGCACUUUAUUGUAUCUUCGGUCUGUGGGCGAUCUCGCAUGCAACGUGUCUGGGCACCGUGGCGGCCUGCGCUUGACGGAUCGGCCCGUCGUAGCACUCGGAGUUUUUUCUCCCACACGUCAGUCAUGUUGUAGCACUUCGAACCGCUGCUUCGUUCUCAGCGUGACAGUAGCCGUAAAUAAAUACUAACGUGAUCUGUUAAAGAGCUACAAACCGAGCCUAGAAUUAACCUUCAACUACCCGUAAUCCGACCAAGGUGCUUCUAGUCAGUCCUCAAUAUUUGGUGUUUUCUAGGUACCGAGUAAAACACGUUCACAUCGCAUCUUAACGGUCCUUUCUUUUAGUGCUCGAGUUCUUUUUUGGAAAUUCUUUUCGAAUGCAGUUUUCCUGCAUUUGUGUUGCAUCGCACAUCUUGUGCGUGAGAGCAGCUCUGUGCACACAUCUCAUUGUGUUCAUUUAGACAAGUAACGCUUGUGGCAUUGUUUCCAUCCUGGAUUUCAGUAAUAUUAAACGUACAUCAGACACCGGUCGCUCUUUUCUUGGCUUUUCCUUGUCAACCGCAAAAUGUGUCAGCUUUAGUGCGGUUCCUCUUUGUCUCCUCGGACAGUUAUAUUACAUUAAAUUACAUUUAUUCAUUUAGCAGACGCUUUUGUCCAAAGCGACGUACAUC